AUGGUGAGCUUAAACUGCAUUUCCAUGAGCAAGCUUAACAUUCAAGCCUCCACACUACCCAACAAGGCAUCUUCAUCAUCAUCUUCCAUACCUCAUCAAGCUAGUAGCAGUAGCAGUAGUCCUAACAGUGCCUCCCCAGUACAGUUGCCACCACAGAGUUUGCAAAAGCUUCAAAAUCAGCAGCUAAAGCCAAAGCAGAAGAAGGACAAUAAUACGCCGACGAUUCUAGAGAUCGAAAGAGCCAUUGGUGCUGAGGAGAAUGAGGGUAUAUUUGAAACCAUAUUCUCAAGAACAAUUGGGAAGACUGAAGGGCCUAUAGAGAAGCAACUUCGUGAGACAGGGGAGUGGAUUAAUGACAAAACAGAAAGACAAUUGCGCGCUGCGGGAAAGCCAAUUCUGAUGUUCAUGUAUCAAUGGAUAUUGCCAAUGUGGAUACUUGCAUUCUGCAUAGCUUCUGGGAUCAUAAAGCUACCAUUCCACAAUGCUUUCCUGGAUGAUCUUCUGAUGUGA